AGCGGCAGAGCUGCACUCGCUGAUGCUGCUGUGGAGCGGCAGUGAGGUGGCUGCAUGGAGGGGGCGACCAUUCCUGUCUGUGAUUAGUGACCACGCGAAUGCUCGGAGAAGGGGACAGAACAGGGCGGGCUCUCUGUAGGAAGAGGAGGAGGACGAGGAUGCGUUGCCUCUACACAAUUGGAGGCAGCAGGGAGUGAAGCAGCAUCUGUAUGAGGCGAGAGAAAGAACCUGCAUGGAAAUGGAGGAGCGCUAGAGCAGCACUGUCGUCAAGACUCCCACCGCCUCCACCACUGCUGCCGCUCUGGAUUGUGUUUUAAUGGAAGACACUCAAAGCAGCUCUGUGCUGCCCGAGGGACCAGCUGUGUUGAUCCAGUGCCACCUCUGAUAUGAUGCCGAGAGCAGGAGGGGCAGCCACCUCUCUCGCACUGCUGCUGCUGCUGCCAUUGCUGUGCUGCUGCCACCUGUGCCACUCGCUGCGGGUUCCAAAACUCUCCUCUUUUGCAAAAGCAGAGGACAAGCUGUUCAAAUACCUCUUUGGAAACUACCAGAAAUGGGUCCGUCCAGUGGAAUACCUAAACCAGACGAUCAGUGUGAAGUUUGGACUUGCCAUCUCCCAGUUAGUUGAUGUGGAUGAGAAAAAUCAGCGAAUGACAACCAAUGUGUGGAUGAAACAGGAGUGGAUUGACCGCAAACUCAGAUGGAACCCUGAUGACUAUCUGGGCAUCACAACUAUCCGAGUCCCUUCUAACAGGAUCUGGCUCCCUGACGUUGUACUGUAUGAUAAUUCAGAUGGGCGUUUUGAAGGUACUGUCACCAAGGCAGUUGUUAAGUACGAUGGAACCAUAUUAUGGACAACACCAGCCAAUUACAAGUCAGCCUGCACCAUUGAUGUCACCUUCUUCCCUUUUGACCUCCAAAACUGUUCAAUGAAGUUUGGCUCCUGGACAUAUGAUGGCUCCCAGGUGGACAUAACUUUGGAGGACUUCCAUGUGGACAAGCAGGACUAUUUUGAUAACGGUGAAUGGGAGAUAGUGAAGGCCACAGGCAGCCGUGGUCUGAGGACAGACAGCAGCUCUACCUUUCCCACCAUCACCUACUUCUUCAUCAUUCGCAGGUUGCCUCUUUUCUACACCCUCUUCCUCAUCAUCCCCUGCAUUGGCCUGUCCUUCCUCACCAUCCUCGUCUUCUAUCUGCCUUCUAACAGUGGCGAAAAGAUCUCUCUCUGCACCUCAGUCCUGGUGUCCCUCACAGUUUUCCUCCUGGUCAUUGAGGAGAUAAUUCCUUCCUCCUCGAAGGCUAUCCCUCUCAUCGGGGAGUACCUGGUCUUCACUAUGAUCUUCGUCACGCUUUCCAUCAUCAUCACCGUCUUUGCCAUCAACAUCCACCAUCGCUCCUCUUCAACACAUCAUGACAUGGCACCCUGGGUGAGGAGGAUCUUCCUGCAUCGACUGCCUAAGCUGCUGUGCAUGCGCAGCCAUGCCGACCGUUACGCCACAGCUGGAGUAGCCAGAACGAGAGGAGCAGCAGGACUGGGCAAGAUGAAGGACUCAACACCUGAACUGACAUCUCUGCUCUACACCAGACAUAACCUACAAGCAGCUUUGGAUUCUAUUCGCUACAUAGCUAUGCAUGUGGUGAAAGAAAACAAGGUCAGAGAGGUGGUUCAAGACUGGAAAUAUGUAGCCCAAGUCCUGGAUCGAAUGUUUCUUUGGGCCUUCCUCCUGGUGUCGAUCCUGGGCUCUGCUCUCCUCUUCAUCCCCGUUAUUUACAAAUGGGCCAGCAUCAUCGUCCCUAAUCAUGCUGGAAGUACCCUCUAAAAACCACAGUUCAACUAACCACAAAUGGAGGCAAAGCACAUUAACAGCUCGUUAUGGGUCUUAUUUGAGAUUUGAAAGACUGAGAUACUGUGAUUACCACUCCGAUAGAGUCCUGCUCUGCUUAUCCACAGUUAUUCUGCAAGCCACAGCCGUGCCAGAGAUCAAGCUGCAGAUGUGGGACCUUGUUUGCUGAGUGUAUCUUACAGAGACAUGUUUUUUGUUUGUUUGUUUUAGAUAGAUUUUGAACUCUGUAUUUCUGAGUUUAAAGAUGAAUGCAUCGAUCAAUUGAAAUAUCAUGAUACGAAAAAUCUUCCACGUCCCAUUUGUUUUGUCCACAUCUCACAUAUCAAUACAUUUCAAUGCAUUCCUUUCACCUACUACACUUGCUGGUGUGAUAGGGAAGGGAGAUUUAUCUUUGGGUCUGUUAGAGAUCCAUAGAUACAAAAUGACAAGACGACAUGUCCUCACAGGAUCCUUUUGGAUAAAUGCCCCACUAAUGGCUCUUGUGUUUAGACAAGUUGCAGGACACAAUGUAUGUAUCGAUUCAGUUUCAUUCAAUUUAAUUCAUUUCAAUACACCUUUAUUUAUCUCAGUGAGGGAAUUAUAUGGCAGCUCGCUAACAAGAUUGACAGAUACACACACACAAUAGAUCUUCUCAUUUCUCAUUUAAAACAUCGGUCUAUGUCUGCAUACCAUUUGGAACGAGGACCACUUUAUCUCAUUGGCAUAAUUCAAGUAACGGCGAUGGUUCAACUUAGCUUUUCUGUAAUUCUAGUUUCACAUAUGGUUACAAGGUUAACGUUAUGUGAUAAAGAACAA